AUGCCCCCAAUUCUUUUGAUAUUUGAUUUUCUGGACAUGGAAAUGGUGAACGUGGACUUUGAAUGGUUUGACCCGCAACCCGCUGUCGACUUUCACGGCCUCAAGACCCUCCUGCGACAAUUGUUCGAUAGCGACGCGCAAUUGUUCGACCUGUCGGCCUUGGUGGAUAUGAUCCUGGCCCAGCCGCUGCUAGGAUCGACCGUCAAGGUCGACGGGAACGAAUCGGACCCGUAUGCUUUUCUGUCGGUGUUGAACCUGCAAGAACACAAGGAUAAGCCUGUUAUCAAAGACCUGAUCGCCUAUCUACAGAAAAAGGCCUCCGAGAAUCCCUCCUCCUUCUCCGCCCUCUCGAACCUCCUCUCCCAAUCCGAAAUCCCCCCGAUCGGGCUCAUCCUGACCGAGCGGCUCAUCAACAUUCCCCCCGAAGUCGUCCCGCCCAUGUACACCAUGCUCCUGGAAGAGAUCGCCUGGGCGAUCGAAGACAAGGAGCCGUACAACUUCACGCACUACCUGAUCAUCUCCAAGACGUACGAAGAGGUCGAGUCGAAAUUGGACAUGGAGGAAUCCCGUCCACAGAAGAAGAAGAAAAAGAGCGCCAGCGAGAAGCCGGAGCGGUUCUACUUCCACCCCGAAGACGAAGUCUUCGAGCGCCAUGCCUUGAACUACGGCUCAUUCGAGUAUACCAACAAGCAGGCGGAGGGCCAGUCGGACUCAAAGCGGGCAUUCCAGGAAUUGGGAAUAAGGCCCGCAGGGAGUCUGAUCCUCCUCGAGGCAGGGAAAUUCGAAACCGCAGUGAAGGAUGUUGCCGAAUUCCUGAAACCUCCCGCGUAG